AUGGCAGAUGAUUUUCUUUUGGAACCUGUGAGUGGAGGUUGUGCAGUGUUCAGAUGGGUUUCCUGUUGUGAAUUCUCUGCAGAAGCCUGGGAUGGAGGAGGAGUCGGGUUGAGUGCUUCAGCCAGACACGCAGAGGCCCGCCUGCUGAGUGCAGUACUCAGGUCUGAGCCUCACUUCUUUCAUCCAGUAAAGCAGGGUAUCCCAGGUUUGCCACCAGGUUCCAGUUCAGCAGAAUCUCCUGGAUCUCCCAGGAACACUACUGGAGAGCUCCUAAGAGUGGAUGCAAACAUCACAGACUGGGGGACUAACAUCACAGACUGGGGGACUAACAUCACAACAGUGAAUGGAAGAAACCACACUGAAAUUCCACUUUGUGCCAUCAUAUUCUGUACCAUGACUUUUCUUUCCCUCAUCAUUGCCCUGGUUGGGCUGAUUGGAAAUGCCAUAGUGCUGUGGCUUCUGGGCUUCCACAUGCAAAGGAAUGGCUUCUCUGUAUACAUCCUCAACUUGGCUGGAGCUGACUUCCUUUUCCUCUGCUUUCAAAUCGUACAGUGCCUUCAUAUUAUCUUGGACACACUCUACUCCAAGACCAUUGACAUUCCUCUCUUUUCUUUUGUUGUAUUAAACGUUGCUUAUCUUUGUGGCCUGAGCAUGCUCAGUGCCAUAAGCAUUGAACGAAGUCUGUCUGUCAGGUGCCCCAUCUGGUAUCGCAGCCAACGCCCAAGGCACACAUCAGCUGUCAUAUGUACCCUGCUUUGGUUUUUGUCACUGCUGCUAAGCAUCCUGGAAGGGGAAGAAUGUGGCUUCCUAUUUGAUAGUCUUGGCCAUGGUUGGUGUCAGACGUUUGAUUUCAUUACUGCUGCAUGGUUAGUUGUUUUAUUUGUGGCUCUUUUAGGGUCCAGUCUGAUCUUAAUGGUUACCAUCUUUUGUGGCACACACAGGAUCCCUGUGACCAGCCUGUAUGUAACCAUUGGGUGCACAGUGUUGGUCUUUCUGCUCUUUGGUUUGCCCUAUGGAAUCUACCAGUUUCUCUUAGAAUGGAUCGAAAAUUUUAAUUAUGUUGUGAUUUGUGAUUUUUAUUCAGUGACAAUAUUUCUGUCAUGUGUUAACAGCUGUGCCAAUCCUAUAAUUUAUUUCCUCGUUGGCUCCAUUAGGCAUCAUAGGUUCCAGUGCAGGAGUCUCAAGCUACUUCUGCAGAGAGCCAUGCAGGACACUUCUGAAGAGGAAGAAUGUGAAGAAGGGGUUUCUUCAGAAAGAUCUAGAGAAACAAAAACAGUCUGGCAGCGACUGAGAUCUGUUUUAAUCAGGCAGAAGUAGCUUUGAAAAUGGCUUUGUGCUUAUUAGUUUGUGACAUUUUCAUCAUAUUGUUUAGUUGACAAACCAAGUUUAAAUCAAUUGAGAAAGUAGUCAAUCUU